AUGCGCAGCUAUACCUUCAAGUGGGAAAAUCCCACUGGCGAUGUAUCCGACGUUCUCGUUACCGGUUCGUUUGAUGGAUGGACCAAGUCGGUGAAGCUCGAAAAGCAAGGGACCAGCUUCCAAAAGACAGUCAGUUUCUCGGAGAAAGAUGCAUCAAGCAAGAUAUACUACAAGUUUGUCGUCGAUAACAAUUGGACCAUCAACGAGUCCUACCCGCACGAAGCCGACCACGAGGGCAACGUCAAUAACUUCUUGACCCCCGACGACCUCUCCAGCUCGGAAGCUGCGCAGCCUGCACUCGCUGCAGCUCCCUUCAUCAACACCGCAACCCCCGAAUCCACCACCGUUGCCGACAUGGCCAAGAAGAACAACAAGAAGAAGGCCGCCCCCGCCAAUAAGCAGCCUGCUGCUGCUGCUGCCGCCGCCCCCGCCUCUGAGCCCAAGCCCGAGACCAACGUCGCCGAGGCUGCUCCCGCCACUGACACUCCUUUCGCAGCAGAAGCUACUGCGACCCCAUCUGACGUCCCCGGAGGCUUCCCUGUGACGCCCUCCAACGAGGCUGCCGACUUGGAUGAUAAGACCCUCAGCAUCAAUCCUCUACCAGCUACAGCUCCUGGCACUAGCAACCCCAUUAAGCUUGCCCCCGGUGAGAAGAUCCCAGAGUCGAUUGCCGCUCAGAAUAUCAAUGAGCACGUCAAGUUAGACAAGGGGUCAUACGAGCGGAGCGACGCCCUUCCUGGCGGCCCUCCUUUCAUCACCACCGAGGUCCCUCCCACGUCUGGCACCAUAAUCCCCGAGUCUAGCCUCCCUAUGGGCGAUCAAACCGACGUUACCAACGCUACCGUUAACUCGGUUGGCCCUGGUGCUACGACUGUCGCCCUCGCUGGUCAGGUUCCCCUGGAGCCCAAGGUCCCCGAGGUUGUCAAGGAGAGCCAGGAGAAAGCCGGCGCCGCACCCGAAGCAUCUGCUGUAGCUGAGGAGGUCAAGGACAAGGCUAAGGUCGAGGAAGAAAUCAAGGAAAAGGUUCCCGAGGCUCCUGCUACUUCUGUCGGCACUUCUGGCAUUGGAACCGAGAAGAAAGAGAACACUGGCACUAUCCUAGGAGCUGCCGCAGCUACUGGUGGUGCUGCUGUUGCGGCUGCUGUUGCGGCAGUUAACAAGUUCUCCGAAGAUGCUACUCCUGCUGUAAACGACGCCAAGAAGGCAACUGUUGAUACCAUCAACAAGAACCUUCCUGACACUGUCAAGGACAAGCUACCCGAGUCCGCCCAGGCAGCACUUGCUAGUGACAAGAAGGACAGCCCUCUGGAGAAGAUUUCACCUGCAGUUCCCAAGGAGGUCAAGGAGUCUAUUGCUGAGGCUGGCAAGAGCCCCGAGGCUGCUGUAAGCACCUCCGCGGUCGAGGAGAAGAAGGAGGUCGAGAGCGAGCUGCUUAAGGAAGUGAGGAAGGCACCUGCUGUUGAUGAAGCGAAGAAGGCACCUGCUGUUGAUGAAGCGAAGAAGGCACCUGCUGUUGAUGAAGCGAAGAAGGCACCUGCUGUUGAUGAAGCGAAGAAGGCACCUGCUCUUGAUGAAGCGAAGAAGGCACCUGCUCUUGAUGACGCCGUCAAGCCCGCUGAAACAAAAGCUCCCGAGACAAAGCCUACGGUCGCCACGCCUGCAGCAGCAAGCACUCAGGCCUCAACUACUGUCGCCGCUGCCAAUGGAGCUACGGGUGCCGAAACCAAGGCUUCUGAGCCUCCUGCCGCGACAUCAGCGACGCCCGCGACCAAUGGCAAUGGUACUGAGAGCAAGCCUGCCGCUGAGGGUGGUGCUGCCCAUGACAAGAAGAAGAGCCGCCUGAGUGUCAUGUUCAGCAAGCUCAAGGCCAAGUUGAAAUAA